AUGGCAUCCGUCGGCGAGCCCUUCAGAAGAGACCCGUUCGCAGCCGACCACCGAGCCUUCAACCCUAGCCUACCCAAAUCCAUACCUAUCUUGCCCUCUGCAUCCGUGACUGCGGCAGGGGAUCCAAUGGACGUCAGUCAAUCGCAGCCUUCGUCUAUGGGCCCGCCCACGAGCAGCCCGAAUGGCGACAGGACACAAGAGCAGCAGCAACAGGGGCAGAGUGAGAAUCAACAGACAUCAAAUGGAGGAACACAUCAACCUGUGGGAGCUGCGGCGGCUGCUCAGCAACCCAAGGUCGUCCAGACUGCAUUCAUACACAAGUUAUACAACAUGCUAGAAGACACCAGCAUACAACACCUCAUCUCAUGGUCCAACUCCAACGAAAGCUUCGUUAUGUCGCCAUCUUCCGAGUUCUCGAAAGUCCUAGCGCAAUAUUUCAAGCAUACCAACAUCUCCUCCUUUGUUCGUCAAUUGAACAUGUAUGGGUUUCAUAAAGUGAGCGACGUUUUCCACACAGGGUCUCCAGACUCGCCAUUAUGGGAGUUCAAACACGGUGCCGGCAACUUCAAGCGAGGAGAUUUGAUCGGACUGCGAGAGAUCAAGCGAAGGGCUUCCAGACAUGCUCUUAUACAUCGCGACUCUUUCUCGAGCGCACCCAAGCUACCGACUCCACAACCUCCUGGAACUCCCAUGGAACCUAUGCCUGAUCCGGUCGAGACUCGCCUGGGGAUACUCGAGUGGAACAUGCACGAUGCAUAUUCACGACUGGCACGUACAGAGGAAGCCUACGGGGCAAUGACCGCCAAGUAUCAGACACUUCUAGAUGGACUGGCAAGGUGCCACCACUGGAACAACGAAUUGUCUUCGCAUUUACUAGCCAUGGUACCAGACCCGGAUAAUCCAAUCCAUCGCGACGUCUAUGCUAUGCGUCAGGACAUCGCUCGCAACAUCGAUCAAUUACGAACGGUUGAAGAGCAACGCGAGCCACUAUUCCCACAUAAGCCUUCAUUCUUCCAACCGAACAACGCGCCUUUGGAGCCUCCAAUGCCAAUGUCCCCACGGCAGAGGCCAUUCGACGAGUCUCGAAGACCUUCCUUCCAAGGCUUACCAGGUCUGCCACGACCUGCUGGUGUUCGAGCACCUGUUCCAUCUUACCUCCAAGUCUCCCCUCGUCGCUAUGGCUCAAUCGGCACGGGCAGCGGCGCAUACUCACCUUCUCGACCGAACUACCCAGCUCCACCACCACCGCCUCCUCAACCACAACAGCAACAUCCGCUUGCUACUAUGACUUCGCCGCCUUCCAAUCUUCCUCGUCGACACACUUCUGCCGACAUUCGAUUGGAGGGCUGGGAGGGUGGUCAGCCCCCUCAAUCGUACAACCCACAAGGUACAUCACCAUACGCCUCUGGGCAGUCAUCAUCUGCCUGGCCGUCUUCCCCUCGAGCUCCCACAAAUCCUGGCGAUCAACAGAUCCGAGACGCGCUCGCGCAGUACGAACUACCCAGAGUGUCCAACGCCGGAUCCAGGCAACCGUCACCAGCUCCUCCUCACGAUACAGGUCCACCGAGCUUUAAUACGAACAGCUUUGGCAGCAGCUACGCGAACAGUAACGAUGCUGGCUGGCAAUUACCAGGUGCGCGUUUCCCAUUCAAAGGACUCGAAACGCCUGGUCCUCCAACGCGUCGAAGCAGCAUGGCGAGCAACGUACACUCUUUACUCAACCCAGCUGAUACAGCAGAGCGGGAAGGAGAAGACGAAGGCGGUCCCGAUGAGCGGAAGAGGAAACGAUUACUAUGA